AGCUAGAGCGGGAGCUGUCAGAGCUGUAAAGCAGGGAGGCGGUGUCGGGGUCGAACUCAGUGGGAGGGCGGCGGGCUGUGGCCAUGAGAUCAGAGGGCCUUAUCUGAGCGGCGCCCCAUGCUCAUUUCCUUCUCUGUGCAGAAGCUGAAGCCCUCCAAUAAGAGAGCGGGGGAGCCGGAUGCCAUCACAGCCCCAGCCUUCUGUGCCUGCCGUGGGAUCUCAGUGCUCCUCCCUGCACAGCGGAGAAACUUUCGUUCUGCAAUCAAUGAGUGGGGACCCAUAGAGUAUGAGCGCAUCUUCUUCCCCCCGCUCUUCCAGCGCAACUCCGCGCAAUUGAAAGGGGUCGGCCGAUUGUCUCGCACCUGGGAUUCCCUGUCAAUGCCUUCCUGAUCUCGUCCUUCUUUUUAUUUAUUGCCUGUUAUUUGCUAUACGCCAGGAUGGGAUUACCCCCUUUGGAAUUUAGUGACUGCUACUUGGACAGCCCCCAGUUCAGGGAGAGGCUGAAAUCGCAUGAAACUGAGCUGGACAAGACCAACAAGUUCAUUAAAGAGCUGAUCAAGGAUGGCAAGUCGCUGGUAGCUGCACAUAAAAGUCUGUCAUUUGCAAAAAGAAAAUUUGCUGGUUCACUGAAUGAAUUUAAGUUUCGGUGCAUUGGGGAUGCAGAAACGGAUGAUGAAAUCUGCAUUGCGAGGUCCCUGCAGGAAUUUGCUGCUGUACUGGGCAAUCUUGAAGAUGAGAGGAUACGGAUGAUUGAUAAUGCUGGAGAAGUUCUGAUAACGCCUCUCGAGAAGUUCCGCAAGGAGCAGAUCAGUGCCGCUAAGGAAAUGAAAAAGAAGUAUGACAAGGAAACGGAAAAAUACUGUGGUAUGCUCGAGAAGCACAUGAACUUGUCAUCCAAAAAGAAAGAAGUGCUCCUGCAUGAGGCGGACGUCCAGCUGGACCAAAUGAGUCAGCAUUUUUAUGAGGUAUCCCUGGAAUACGUCUUAAAAGUUCACGAGGUCCAGGAGAGGAAAAUGUUUGAGUUUGUUGAACCACUGCUUGCCUUCUUGCAAGGCCUCUUCACCUUCUAUCACCAUGGCUAUGAACUGGCCAAAGACUUCAGUGACUUUAAAACACAGCUUUCCAUCAGCAUUCAAAAUACACGGGACCGGUUUGAAGGUACACGCUCUGAGGUGGAGUCAUUGAUGAAGAAGAUGAAAGAGAAUCCUCAUGAGCACUUAGCUCUCAGCCCUUUCACUAUGGAAGGAUACCUCUAUGUUCAGGAGAAAAGGCAUUUUGGGACGUCUUGGGUCAAACAUUACUGCACUUACCAGCGGGAAACCAAACAAAUGACCAUGGUACCUUUUGACCAGAAGUCUGGAGGAAAAGUGGGAGAGGAAGAACUCGUUCAGUUGAAAUCCUGCAUACGGCGAAAAACAGAAUCCAUUGAGAAGAGGUUUUGCUUCGAUGUGGAAGGCGUUGAUCGGCCAACAGUUCUAACGAUGCAGGCCCUGUCUGAAGAGGACCGAAAGCUAUGGAUGGAAGCAAUGGAUGGACGGGAGCCAGUUUAUAAUUCAAAUAAGGACAGUCAAAGUGAAGGAACUGCCCAGCUGGACAACAUUGGAUUCAGCAUUAUUCGGAAGUGUAUCCAGGCUAUAGAAACAAGAGGGAUCAAUGAGCAAGGGCUCUACCGCAUUGUUGGGGUUAACUCCAGAGUUCAGAAGCUGCUGAAUAUUUUAAUGGAUCCUAAAAUCUCUCCUGAAACAGAAACGGAAAUUCCAUCUGAAUGGGAGAUAAAGACAAUCACAAGCUCGCUUAAGACAUAUUUGAGGAUGCUUCCAGGACCACUCAUGACAUACCAGUUUCAAAGAAGCUUUAUCAAAGCAGCAAAACAAGAGAGCCAGGAGUCAAGAAUCAAGGAAAUUCACUGUCUGAUACACCGCCUACCGGAGAAAAACCGACAGAUGUUGCACUUGUUAAUGACACACUUGGCCAACGUUGCUGCUCACCACAAGCAAAACCUGAUGACUGUAGCCAACCUUGGAGUUGUUUUUGGGCCAACACUAUUGCGUCCCCAGGAGGAGACGGUGGCAGCCAUCAUGGAUAUUAAAUUCCAGAACAUUGUGGUUGAAAUUAUAAUUGAAAACUAUGAAGAGAUGUUUUCCACCGUUCCGGAGAUGCCACAGACAAACUCCCAGCUGCAUUUGUCUCGUAAAAGGAGCACUGACUCAAAGCCGCCUUCCUGCAGCGAGAGGCCCUUAACUCUCUUCCACACAAGCCAUUCCUCAGAGAAAGAAGAGAAGAGGAACAGUGUGAAUUCUAGUGCGGAAUCUGUCAGUUCAUCCAAUGCUAAUAGCUCUGUGAACUCCACUUGUACCCAGCGUUCUAAUAUGAAUAAUCUCAACGCCAGUGAUCCGGACUUGGAUGUGGCCAAAGUCAGCAGACCCAAUUCCCUAUUAAACCCGAAAAAUAUAUCUGGUCUUUUGCCGAGUUCAUUGAACCCAAGUCCAACAUCACCCCCUACGUGCCCAAUGGUUUCUGCCCCAUCCAGUCCAAUGCCGACAUCUUCAACUUCCAGCGACUCGUCUCCAGUAAGUGUUCCAAGGAAAGCCAAGGCUCUAUACGCGUGCAAAGCAGAACAUGACUCUGAGCUUUCUUUUUCUGCCGGCACUGUGUUUGAGAAUGUGUGUCCAUCACAAGAGCCUGGCUGGUUAGAAGGGACGCUCAAUGGGAAGACUGGACUCAUUCCAGAAAACUAUGUGGAAUUCCUAUAGCUUUACCCCAUGACCCACAAGGCUACGCUUUACAUGGUAUCCAUGGCAACUGCUGGAAGUGUUGACAAUUCUAUCUUUGCUUCUGUUAUGACAGGGUAAAGAACCGUUCAGCACCCACUGCAGUGAAUAUGAAUAUAUAUGUCAACUGCUUUGGUGUCAGGGAGGUGCACAAGUCAAAGAUAUUUGUAGAGAUCUGGCACCGACCUGCUAGUAGUUAUGUACAUGUUUUUCGAAUGAUUUUUGGUGGCUUUAAAAUUUAAACUGAGAUGCAUUUUGAUUAUUUUUUUUUUAUUUUUAAAGGGACCAUAUUUUUUUGUCAUUGGAGUUUACUGUGUUAAAAACCACUAAAUCGAUUUCUUUAGCUGUACAGAUUGGGGCUAAAGUGAAUUGUAUGGCUGGCUUGCUCAGACCAUGACGUUUGGAAGUGAUGGCCAAGCAUGCUCGAUUUCUGUCUGGCUUUCCCAAGUUUGAAUAUCAUAUACCACCUGAGUGCAGAUUUUAAUGAAUUUUACAGAAUUUAAAUUGUCCCCUUUUAUUGUCCAUGGCAACGUUUUACUGAUACCGUUCCUGGAUAUAUUUGCUCUGAUUUUGAUGAAGCAUUAGAUUCAUUUGGUGAGAUAACAAUUCCUGGACAUAUCAGUUAAUAUUUUUUUAUUCACUUUUUAAUGAGUUUAACAGUUUUAAUCCACCCUGUCCUUCUCAUAAUCCCUACUUACACAGCCUCAUUAGUACCUGAGCUUUCUCUCUCUCUCUCUCUCUCUCUCUCUCUCUCUCUCUCUCUCUCUCUCUCUCUCUCUCUCUCUCUCUCU